UUGCACGCGGACGAAGUCGCGGCGCACGUCUCGUGAAUGAUACAAUAUGUACUUGACCUCAAGGGUAUCUGUUGUUUUUUCUAAACAUCUUUUAUGUUUCUUAAAUACAGAUCGGACAAAUACAGAAGUGUCAGUCGUGCUCUGUUGCUCGAAACGAUUCCAAGAUGAGGGUGCUGUUAGUUUGCCUGGCAAGCUUACUAGUCUGCCUGAAGACGGCUGAUUCUCACUCAUUGCCGCAAAAGGAUUACGACACCGACUCCAGCAAACAUGACAUAACCGAUCCACUUAAUGACACCAGCGAAAACAAUAGCAGCUCAGUCCCCGAAAACUCCAGCGGAAACCUUGAUUCUAACACCACAACAUUCAUCCUACGUUACAUAACUACGGGUGACAAGAAAGAGUACAAGGGUAUAUACGCCCACAAGAACGGCAAAGUGAAAAAAUUUUUAAAAGACGGCAUGGCGAUCUCUGAUUGGUCUCCGAGCUCGCGUACCUAUAUGAGCAAUAAGGACGGUAUCUUCGUUUACGACACAGAAACAGAGAAGCUUGAGAAAUACGGCAAUCUGAGUGACAGCAUCAUUGGGAUCGCGAAAGAGAACCGCACCAACGACCUGUACAUUCUGACGGAAGACCACGUCGUCUACAAGGUCACGGAGGAAGGCACCAAGAAGAUCAAGGUCAACGAGGCUGAGCAUGCUGAGAAAAUAGCGCUGGACUGGGAUGACAACUUGUACUACAUCGGAGCGAACAAUCAACCGUAUGUUGUCGCUUCGGAUGGUGCGAAGAAGAUCGGAGGUCUUUCAUCUAAUCCAACCUCAGCGUUUAUCUCUAAGCCUCCGAUCACGAUAGAGCACGGAGCGUGGUUUAUGUGCGAAAAACAGCCCUACAUCAUCUAUCCCAACGCGACCAGCGAACCAUACGUAUUCAACGACCAAGAGAAGUUGGAAUAUGAGAAAAGAAUUCGUGAUCUCGAUGUUAUUUUCUCACAGUUGGAUAACCAACCAGCGGAAUAACGUAUUAUCUUCGGAUUUUGCGUGUUGUAGAGAUAAUUAAAAUUACUUUUACAGACUAACCGUGUCAGACAUGCACGAAAACUGUAAAGGAUUCGAAGAAUUGGGAAUUUAAUAAUAACAAUCACAAACACGAGUUUAACCUGUAAAAGUAAUUUUAAUUAUAGAAAUAGCGUGUUUUGAUCGAAAUGAAUGAUUGUUGUGGAA